AGCGCAAGCGCAAGCGCACUCAGCCCACUUCCCGGCAAAAUGGCGGUAGGCUUAAUGUACGGUCGCCGGGAGCUUCUGCGUCUCUUACGGUCACAGCGUCAGUUCCACAGCGUCGCAGGGCCCUCGCCUUGGCCGCGGAAACCGCUGACUGCGGGGCUCCUCUCUCCAAGCGGCGGGUGCUUCGAGCGCCCGCACUAUGUCGUCCUCGCUGGCUCUGGACCCCGGGGCCUCAGUACCUCCGUGAUCUUGUUCGCAGAAGCCCAGGUUCAGGGCCCUCCUGCAACUCCCUCACCCACAGCAGUACCUGAGGUGGCUUCUGGAGAAACCGCAGAUGUCGUCCAAGCUGCUGCAGAACAGAGCUUCGCUGAACUGGGUCUGGGGUCAUACACCCCAGUGGGACUGAUUCAGAACUUACUGGAAUCUAUGCAUGUUAACCUAGGCCUACCUUGGUGGGGGGCCAUUGCUGCAUGUACCGUCCUUGCCCGCUGCCUGGUGUUUCCUCUCAUCGUGAAGGGCCAGCGAGAAGCAGCCAAGAUCCAUAACCACAUGCCAGAGAUCCAAAAGUUUUCCACUCGAAUCAGAGAGGCCAAGUUGGCCGGAGACCAUGCUGAGUUUUACAAGGCCUCCUCGGAAAUGACAUUUUACCAGAAAAAGCAUGAUGUUAAAUUCUUUAGACCUCUUAUUCUACCUCUGACUCAGGCCCCGAUCUUCAUCUCCUUCUUCAUUGCCUUGAGAGAAAUGGCCAACCUUCCUGUGCCCAGCCUGCAGACAGGUGGCCUUCUGUGGUUCCAGGAUCUCACUCUGUCUGACCCCACCUACGUAUUACCACUAGUGGUCACUGCUACAAUGUGGGGUGUCCUUGAGUUAGGUGCAGAGACCGGUGUGCAAAGUUCUGAUCUUCAGUUGAUGAGAAAUGUGCUCAGAGUGAUGCCCCUAGCCGUCUUGCCCAUAACUAUCCAUUUCCCCACGGCGGUGUUCAUGUACUGGCUCUCCUCCAAUAUGUUUUCCCUGGUCCAGGUGGCUUGCCUCCGGAUUCCAGCCGUACGGACUAUACUUAAAAUCCCCCAGCGUGUUGUGCAUGACUCUAGCCAAUUACCUCCACGGGAAGGUUUUAUAAAAAGCUUCAAAAGAGGGUGGAAGAAUGCUGAACUGGCGCAUCAGCUCCAGGAGCGCGAACGACGCAUGCAGAACCACUUGGAACUAGCCGCCAGGGGUCCCUUACGACAGACCUUUACCCACAACCCACUGCUAGAGCAUGGAAAGAAUCAGCCUCCCAGCACCCCUAACAGCAGCAGUGCCAAGCCAAAGCAGCCCUGGCGUGACACACUGGGCUGAAGUCCGUUCCUGCUCCGACUGGUGGGAGCUCUCUCCUCAGACUCGGCAUCAGAACAGAUUGGACCCGGAGUCCUUGCCCCAGAUCUAGAAGCGCUGGGGCAUAGAGCUCUUCCUUUUAAAAGUGGGUUCCAUUACAGACUCAAACCUAAGUGUAAAAGAGCCAAGUGAUCUUGCCAGCCACAGAAUCAGUAAACCUCUGUACUACAUGCUGCUUCCGAAUACUUAUUAAACAGGGAAAUGGAUGGUGUGCUCCAGAAAACUGAAGACUACAUCCACUGGGGACUGCUCCUGCCCAUGCUCUUAGGAAGUGCCUCAGCAUUGUAACCUGGCAUUACAAGCUUACACUCCCACCCCAUACGUGAGUUUUUCCAUCCACAUUUAUCUCAGGAUGCUAUAAAUAUUCAAGAAGUACAUGUGCUCAGAAUUCUUAGAUAUAAUUAGGCUGUUAGUGAAAAAUCUCAUUUUGCUAGAGCAGCUUCGGUGUGUUCUCUUGUAUAGAGUGGUUGCAUCAGCUGACUUGAGAGGAAAGAAAUACUCAGAUACUUUCAAGCACAAGACUGUUUUUAGUGUUCCUCUUAGGUCUCUGGGACCAUUCUCAAAUGAAACCACUCAAAGUUUAGAACAUAACCCUUUUAUUAUCUAGCACCUGUGACAGUUUCAUGUCUCUAAAAGGAGACAGGAAUUUCAGAGCAUUUUUGGCUCUUUUAAAGGAAAAGGAGUGGGUAGGCACACCCAGAGGUGAGUAAAAAUCUUAACACAGGGGAUCAAGCCCACACCUGACGUGCUCCCCACCACUGUCUGUUCCAGAAUUUUUUAAAGGGACAAUAAAGCAAUGUGUAGCAAAA